AACGCGUUAUAUGUGUAUUGCAAUUUGAUCCCGUAGCGCUCGAUCGGAGAGUAAUUUACGCGAAUUCCUGGGCAUCCGGGUCUCUGCAGGUGGGCCAUCAGAGUUUCUUUUCACGUCUGAUGUGUUCAGUAUCGCAGCAAUUGCUUCACUGUUUCUUUGCUCGUAUAACAUUCAAGACUUGUCAUUUACUAAUAUUAUUUCGUUGACUUUAGCUACGACGUAAAUGUACGUGAAUUUUUGAAAGGUGAUGCAGGGCAUAAUGCCAGUUAAAACAAAAUCUCGUGUUUCUGAAAAUAUGGGUAUCACAGGUGGAUUAGUAGAUGCCAGAGACAAACAAGUAUUAAAGGAAGCAGUGGAAGCAGUUGUUAACAGCUUUGCUAAACAUACUCAAGGUUAUGGAAGAGUAAAUGUGGUUGAAGCUUUGCAAGAAUUUUGGCAAAUGAAACAAAGCAGAGGAACAGAGUUAAGAAAUGGAGCAUUAGUUAUUUAUGAAUCUGUGCCUGGUACUAGUCCACCUUAUGUAUGUUAUGUAACUCUUCCUGGAGGUUCUUGUUUUGGUAGUUUUCAAAAUUGUCCCACUAAAGCAGAGGCUCGUAGAUCAGCAGCAAAAAUUGCUUUGAUGAAUUCUGUUUUCAAUGAACAUCCAGCUCGUAAAAUAACUGAUGAUUUCAUAGAAAAAGCUGUUGCAGAAGCAAGAGCUAGCUUUGCUAAACCUUCUGCAACUUCUAAUGGUGUUGGUAAUCAAGCACAGGGAAAUGGAGAUGAGAAAGAAGAUCCAAAUACAGGUAUAGGUGCAUUUCGUUUUAUGUUGGAAUGUAAUCGUGGAAGAACGAUGCUAGAAUUUCAAGAAUUAAUGACAGUCUUUCAAUUACUUCAUUGGAAUGGAUCUUUGAAAGCAAUGAGAGAAAGGCAAUGCAGCAGACAAGAAGUAGUUGCUCAUUAUAGCCAUCGGGCUUUAGAUGAUGAUAUGCGUAGCCAAAUGGCAUUAGAUUGGGUAGCAAGAGAACAUGAAAGCGGUGGCGGAGUUGUUGCUAUGGAAUUGGCAUUGGCUGAAAGAGAACUUGAAGCAGCACGUUUAGCUGGAAGAGAACUUAGAUUUCCUAAAGAGAAAAAAGAUAUAUUAAUGCUUGCACAUGCUCAAGUAUGUCCUCAGUGAUUCUCAUAACAAUUGUGCAAUUAAUACACAAAAAAAAAAACCAGUUUUACAAAAACUGGUAUUAGGGGAAUAUAUAUUUUUUUAAUGACAUAUAAUGUCACUAUAUUGUGAAAUAUUUUAUUGUUGUUUAACAGUAAGAUAAUUAAUUCCGUCCUUUUU